AUGACCAAGAAGAGGAGAAACGGCGGCCGCAACAAGCACGGACGUGGCCACGUCGCCUUUGUGCGCUGCUCCAACUGCUCGCGUGCCGUCCCCAAGGACAAGGCCAUCAAGCGAUUCACCGUCCGCAACAUUGUUGAGGCCGCCGCUGUCCGUGACCUGUCCGAGGCCUCGGUCUACCAGGAGUACGUCCUCCCCAAGCUCUACAUCAAGAUCGCAUACUGCGUCUCGUGCGCCAUCCACGCCCACGUCGUCCGUGUCCGAUCGCGUGAGGGCCGCAGGAACCGUGCCCCGCCGCCGCGCGUCCGCUACAACAAGGACGGCAAGAAGGUCAACCCGGCCGUCGCCCAGGUCCAGGGCGCCGGUGCCGCUGCCCGCUCCUAA